AAGUCCAGUCCUGAUGGUGGUAGAGAUGAUCAACAAAACAUCCACCCAGAGAACCAGGAGCAUGUGCGUGCUGUUCGGGAGCAGCUUCAGUCAGAGCAGGAAACUCCCGCCAAGCCCAGGCUGCAGUACUACACUGACAUGUCCUGUCCAGUGUGUCUAAUGCAGGCUGUACUGCCGGUAGAAACCAACUGUGGCCACCUCUUCUGUGGUUCCAGUAUAAUUGCAUAUUGGAGGUGUGGGACUUGGCUUGGUGCUAUUAACUGUCCCGUCUGCAGAAAAAGUGUGACAUUGCUUUUUUUGCUCUUCCAAGACCAUACCUCACUGUAGCAGGUCGAGGAUGGGCAGGCUGAGCCGAUACUCAUCUUGCAGGAUCUCAAUGACUACAACCGCAGGUUCUCAGGCCAGCCCAGAUCUAUCAUGGAUCGCCUGCGGGACGUCCCCACGCUGCUGCUCCACGCCUUUGUGGACAUGUUCUCCGUGGACGUCCUCUUCUGA